AUGAGCUCACAACCCUAUCCGGCCGCACUGCAUCAAUCCAGCACGCAGAGCAGGACCCUGAUCAGCCAAAAUGGCCAAAACACGCCGACGGGUGGCGGUACGCCGAACAGUGGCACAGGAGCACCGGAGCUCGACGUCCGGCAGCAAUUGCUAAAUUAUCAGAAGAUGUUCGAUCAGGCGGCGUAUCCAUUCAUCAACGACGCGUCCGCCUACGAGAAAUUGAGCAAAAUUGGACAGGGAACGUUUGGAGAAGUGUUCAAAGCACGAUGCAAAUCGACGGGUCGAAUGGUGGCACUGAAGAAAAUCCUCAUGGCGAACGAGAAGGAGGGAUUCCCGAUUACGGCGUUGAGAGAGGUGAAGAUGUUGGAACAACUCAAACACCCCAAUAUCAUUGAUUUGAUCGAGGUGUGCAGUGCGAAAAGCUCCGCCCCCGCGACGAAAGACCGUACCACCUUCUACCUGGUCUUCUCAUUCUGUGAACACGACCUGGCUGGUCUUCUAUCGAAUCCAAAAGUCCGGAUGUCCCUUUUGCAUAUCAAAACGAUGAUAAAACAUCUGAUAACGGGACUCAACAAACUGCAUCGAAGCAAAAUUCUACACAGAGACAUGAAGGCGGCGAACGUAUUGAUAUCCAGAGAAGGAGUGCUGAAAUUGGCCGAUUUCGGAUUGGCUAGACCGUUUGUGCAGAGAGAAAACUCGAACGUGCCCCGUGCUCUGUAUACGAAUCGUGUCGUCACCCUAUGGUAUCGCCCACCAGAACUGCUACUCGGCGAUCGAUCAUACGGUACAAAGAUCGACGUGUGGGGUGCUGGAUGUAUUAUGGCCGAAAUGUGGACCCGUCAGCCGAUCAUGCAAGGAGACACCGAACAGAGACAGUUGCAGUUGAUUUCGGCACUUUGUGGAUCCAUUAAUCAGGAGGUAUGGCCAAACUGUGUGAAAAUGCCGCUAUGGAAUGUAAUGUCAUCUGAUACGAACACUCCACUUCCACAGGGCAAAAAACGGGUUUUACGGUCGAAACUACGUCAUUUGAUGCGUCUGGACGGUCCCGAUGGACGAUCACAAUCGGACCCUUACGGCAAGGGUAAACCCAACGAACACUUGCCGGCUGACGACGACGCGAUGAAUCUACUGGAAAGCCUUCUGGCUAUCGAUCCGGAUAAGAGACCGACGGCUGAUGAGGCAGAAGAUGACAUCUGGUUUUAUAAGGAACCACUGCCCAAGGCAAAUGUCCAGGAUUUGAUGGAUACCAUUCCGACAUCCCAAUUCGAGUACACUGUGGGAAAAGGCGCCCACGCCGGCCGCGGCCGCCACCACAACAACCAGCCACGUCCGAAUCAGGCACAACGUCAGUCGAAUGCCAUUCCGGCUGGACAGUAUCGGGAUACGAUUUUUUGA